UUUAGCGUCAUUAAUGGAUGGGAUUGGGUUAUCAGGCUCUCAACUCCCUCCGGGAUUCCGAUUCCACCCUACAGACCAAGAGCUCAUCAUCCAUUACCUGAGGAGGAAGGUUACCUCCACACUUACACCACUGACCUCGAUCAUCGCAGACAUCGAUCUGUACAAGUUUAAUCCAUGGGAACUUCCUGACAAGGCGUACUUCGGCGAGCGAGAAUGGUUCUUCUACAGCCCCCGUGACCGGAAAUAUCCAAAUGGCACCAGGCCAAACAGAGCGGCCGCGUCUGGAUACUGGAAGGCCACGGGCACCGACAAGCCCAUCCUCACCACAGGGGGCUCCCAGUGCCUCGGCGUCAAGAAGGCCCUCGUCUUCUACACGGGCCGCCCCCCGAAGGGCGUCAAGACCGACUGGGUCAUGCAUGAAUACCGCCUCCUCAAUUCAAACCCCACCUUCUCACAGAAGCACAAAGGCUCCAUGCGAUUGGAUGACUGGGUGCUCUGCCGAGUCCGGCAAAAGGGUGCCAUGCCACUAGAAACAGAGGAGAAUGACUUGAGUCUACACUCUUCUCAACCUAUAAUAAACAACCAGUUUGCCGAGAAACAAGCAACAACCGGAGAGAAGAGCGGCUUGUUUGAGUGGAGCGACUACCAACUCCUCUCGUACCUCAUGGGGUCUCAGAAUGAAGGGAAGACUGCGUGCGAGAACUCGAACCGCCCCGAGUCUACCGAUUCCUCUGGUCUUGAUGUGGCUCCGGGUGGAUGUGGGGAGUCUCAGCUCCCAAUGGUAUCAUCGGUGCUGGAGUCGAUCAAAAGGAAGCUCUCCUUCGGGGCGUUGGACGAGCUCAUGCUGCUGCCGCCGGCUAAAAGAUUGAACUGUUCUAGCAGUGAGGGUGACAACUCGUCGCCAGCAGGCUCGGUCUCGGUUGAUCAAGUAUACCCACAGUUUAUGAUAUAAUCUCCUCUUUUCUGCUGGGCUUCAUCAGUCUAAUUUAAAAUUGUUUACAUAUAUCUUAGAUAUUUUUCGACCACAUCAUUGUGGAGAAAAGGAGGUAGAUAAGACGGGCUGUGUACAGAGCAAGGAAUAUGUAAUACAUUAGUUGCAUGGAAAGAAGUGUUUGUGUGUCGAAAACGGGAGGGGGUAGGCGAUCGAUGGUGUUUGAUGAUAAAUUCACUGGAUGUAAAAAAAUAAGUUGUAACGAUAUUAUAAA